AUACUUCCGCUCUUCUACGCCACACCCUUUAUCAGGAACGGUUUCCUGCUGACGUCCUGUUUACUCUUUAAUUUUAAUGGAUGUGCUGUCUGAAACAGAAGAACUUCUGCAGCCUGUCUUGAUUAACCGCUAAUAAAAUAAUGGGGAGGUGUGCACGAUGCGGUCUGUUUUGUUAUUACGUUGCAUUUGCUCACGAGCUGCGUUGCUGAUAGUGAAGACGUUACAAGAAGACAGUCUCGUGCUUUCCUAACGAUAUCACUUCUCUUGACAACUAGUCGCGCCUCAAAAGGUGACAGGUUUGAGAGUUGUGUUUUUCUCGUCGAGAUGGCUGGGGGCAUUACAGAAACAGGGGAGCCUUACUCACCAUUUGUUGGCCUGGUGUACAUGUUCAAUCUUAUUGUUGGCACUGGUGCCCUGACCAUGCCCAAGGCCUUUGCAGCAGCUGGCUGGGUAGUCAGCGUCUCCCUCAUCACAUUUUUGGCUUUUAUGAGUUUCAUGACCACCACAUUUGUGAUUGAAGCCAUGGCUGCUGCCAAUGCCCAGCUGCGCUGGAAGAGGAGAGAACAGGAAGAGAUUAAUGACAGCGACUCCAGCUCGGACUAUUCAGAUGAUGAGGUCAUGAUCCGGGGACGUUCAGAACCCGUUGAGACACGGCCCAUUCUCUCUGUCCAGCGUGCCGCGAAUAUAGACCACUUUGACAUUGUCGAGAGAGUCGAGAUGGGACAAAUGGCCUCCAUGUUUUUUAAUAAAGUUGGUGUCAACAUGUUCUACAUCUGCAUAAUCGUGUACCUGUACGGAGACCUGGCCAUUUAUGCCGCCGCUGUACCCGUAUCACUGAUGGAGGUAACAUGUGGGAAUCACUCGUGCAGUGCUGGGAGUGUGAAAUACAACGACACCGACUCAUGCUGGGGCCCUGUAAGACGCAAAGACGCCUACAGAAUGUUUCUGGCUAUCUUCACACUGUUGUUGGGGCCCUUCACCUUUUUUAAUGCACAGAAGACCAAAUACCUCCAGAUCCUCACCUCUUUAAUGAGAUGGAUUGCAUUCACCAUGAUGAUCAUCCUGGCAUUGAUUCGUAUUGGCAAGGGGCACAGUGAGGGCCACCCAUCUGUGGCACAGAUCUCGGGUGUGCCCAACCUCUUCGGGGUCUGUGUCUACUCAUUCAUGUGCCAGCACUCGCUGCCCUCACUCGUGACGCCUAUCUCCAACAAGCAGCGCAUGAGCGCCCUGGUCAUGGCCGACUACAUCCUCAUCCUGUGCUUCUACGGCCUGCUGUCCAUCACAGCCAUAUUCUGCUUCGACAGCUCUCUGCUGCGUGACAUGUACACUUUAAAUUUCACAGAUAACUGCGACGUUUUGGGCAUUCCAGUGUUGCGCUACUUCUUGGGCCUCUUUCCCGUCUUCACCAUUAGCACCAACUUUCCUAUAAUAGCCGUCACACUACGCAACAACUGGAAAACUCUCUUCCAUCGGGAUGGCGGCACGUACCCUUGGGUGGUGGACCGUAUUAUCUUCCCCCUCAUUACUAUAGUGCCGCCCAUUAUCGUGGCCUUCUGCACUCACGAUCUGGAGUCGCUUGUGGGUAUUACUGGAGCAUAUGCCGGAACGGGCAUUCAGUAUAUCAUCCCGGCCUUUCUGGUAUAUUUCAGUCGCCGUCAUUUAGAGCCCGUGUUGGGAAGGGAUGCUGUAAAUAAGCACCGGUCACCUUUCCGUCAUGCUUUCUGGGUUUGGUUUGUGAUAUUGUGGGCAACGUUCUGUUUAAUGUUUGUAACGGCUAAUAUUGUCCUUACAGAAACCAAGAACUGAGUAUAAAAGCAGAUUUGUUUUGUCAAGCCGCAUUUUUGUUUUAAUUUUUGAAAGGUGUUUGAUUGGUUCUAUGUUAAAAGAAUGGCAUUAGCUGAAAUUUAAUUCAGUCUAAUUUAAUUCAGGGUCUAAAAGGGACCAAAAGAAGUUUUGGCAUUACUUCAGUAGGACUAACGUAAGACUUUUCUCUCACGAAUCCACAGUCCUUUAAUGUUCUGUAAGGCAGGAUACAACAAAACCAUUUUUUAAAAAUACAUUCAAAACGUUAAUUCAGUUGUUUGAUUUAAGUCGUUUUUUUUUUUUGUUUUUUUUUUUCGUCAGGUGAAUCUCAUGAAAAAAUGCCUGGGUCAUGUUUCACCCCAAAAGCAAAGCAAUUAAAUAAUAAUAAUAAAAAUAUACAUUUUGUUUUGACUAAGGAAGAAAAAGCUUUGAAUAUGUUGUUGUUUACAUGACAAUUAAGCACAUUUGCCCCAGAUUCUGUUCUGAAUAAUGAUUCUUAUUAUUACAAUAUACUGAAAAAUAUAGUAAAACUACUAAAAUACUAUAAUACACUGAUUAUAGAUUGUAUUUUUUAAAUUAAGUAAUAAAUUAUUUUCCUAAAUUAUAGCCAAAAAGAUGUACUACACUGAUGUAUAAAUACUUCACAAUUUAAAUAUAUAAUUUUUUCCCCAAAUAUAAUAUUAUAUUAUAUUAUAUUAUAUUAUAUUAUAUUAUAUUAUAUUAUGAAUUGUGAUGUAUUUAUACAGUUUUUUUUUUUUUUUUCAUUACAGUAAUGAGAACUUGAGGGGAAAUUGUGUUUAUUGUCUUCUUAAAUCGAAGUGUUCUUAAGAAAUAGCCUUUCAUUUUGUUUAAACAAAAUAUAAUUCCUUAUUUAAAUCUUUUUGAUAUUGGGGUGAAAUGUGGCAUUGUUUUUGACCGAUUUCAUUCUUAGAAACAAUGAGCUGAUGUUUCUUUAUUAUUUUGGACUCACCAAAAACAUUCAUAAUAUUCAUCAAGUCAAAGACAAGCAGACUGACAAUAAUCGUUCCUUGUUUUCGUCUUCCAAGAUUGUUAGCGUUUCACAGCUGGCAUUUCCAGCGUUCGUAACGGGCGGCUGGCACCUCGCCGUGUCUCCUGUGCUGACUGAUGGCGACACGAGCGCAAUGGUUGUCUGAAUAAUGUGCCCAGACCUGGAGUUCAAUCUCAGUUCAUCAGCAGAUUGAUAGAGGCAUUGAAAGCUUCCAUAUGUUCUCCAUGUACUGACGUCUUACGGAAGCUCACGGGUUUUCAAACGGGCCCUUAGGGGUGCAGGAAGGGAAGAUAAACCUGAUAUUAAAUUGACACAUCUGCCUCAUGAUCUACAGAGACAAAUAUUUAUCAUUAUCAAUAUGGAGCACCUCAUCAUGCCUGAGAGAUCACACUCACGCAGUUAUUAAUGUCACUUUAGUUCUGACGAAGUUGUCUUGAAUUUGGCUUGAAUUGAAAUCCAAAUGAACGGCAGCUGAUUCCCACCCUGCUUUGCAUUUUGCACAUUUUGGUACUUUUUUACCAAGAUUGUUCACCCAAAAUUUUUUAUUCUCUCAUCAUUUAAUCACCCUCAUGUCAUUCCAAACUGUUUGACUGUCUUUCUUCUGCAAAACACAAAAGAAGUUAAAUUGAAGAAUGUUUUGGCUCUUUUUGCUCUUAUAAUAAACGUUAGUGGGGUUCAAACAACAGUGUUCAUCAUUUGUGUGCAAAAAAAAAGGUCAUUCUGGUUUGGAACAACAUGAGGGUCAGUAAGUGACGACAGGUUUUUAAUGUUAUCUGAACUGUUCCUUUAAUGUCUUCUAUGUGUGUGUAUUUUUGCUUUGUCCAUCUCAUGUCUGCCUCAGGUUUUGGAUGGCAACAUGAAUCUGACUCAUUAGUUUGACACAUUUCUCUUUGUGUUGUUUGCCAGCGGUUGAUUUGUUUGAUCAUCUGUGACGUGUUUGAUACUGUAAACUGAUUGCUGCUCUCUGUGAGAGCGCUGUCUGCUGAUCUAAGAGAACCGUAUCAGAACCUGCGCUUGACUUUACACUGUUUGUGCUGUGGGUUUGUGUUCAAACUGCUGUUGAUUUAAAGGGAAAUAUGUCUUUAAGAUCUUGUUUGUGAGCAGAAACUUUCUGUUAAGGACUAAAGUACAUGCAUUUGCAUUCUAGUCUCCCUAAAGCACAAAAGCAAGUCAUUUCACAUGGGUGAAAUGUUGAUAUAUAGUUACCAAAUGCUUGUGUGAGAUGUCCAUGUCUGUUUUUUUUUUUUUUUUUUUUUUUUUUUUUGUUGUUGUUGUUGUUUUUAAUGGAAACAAACGUGCCUUCUUUCCAGGGUUCUUCCUACUUUCACCUAAAUAACUAUUUCUCUCUCUCUUUAUGUCUCAAAUGUCUUUUUCUUGAUUGUUUGUUCUGUGCAGCCCGUCACUUGCAUGUAAGUUACUUCAUAUACUUGACAAUCACGUCCACCGAUGUCUCGUUAAAAUAAAAAUGGAAGCCCUUUUUGAUCUUUGA